CUGUGCGGCUGAGCGUUGUUGUUGGUACAGUCAGAGUGAUGCUUAAACGAUAGAAGUGGUUUUUUUUUGGAUAAAGGUUAUUUUAAAAGGCCGAUUUUUAAAUCGUAUUUACUAUACAUCUUUAGGUACAUGUAAGAGUUUAAAUUAUAUAUGUUUUUCGUGUCCGUUUGGGUGUUAAGGUUGGUUAUCCGCCUCCCCGAACAUUCCUACAUUGGUUCGGUCCGUCGCUAGGCCUUUGCGGUAGGGAGUUGCUUGGCGGACCUGCAAGUUUUUAUUUACUUUAUAGGUUAAUUUGAUUUGGCCGAGGAAGCCCGGAACCUCUGUUUUCACCAUCCUCUGACUCUGGGUCAUUCCGUGUCGGGGGACUCUUGAAUCUCAGUGUUUCGGGGCGUGGUGCACACCCACACCGCUGAAGAGGGAAGGGAGGUAUCGGUGUCCGCGGCGGAGCUUAUGAUGCCGACGUUGCGGGACAGCACCAUGUCCCACCCCGGAGAGAAUUCCCACCAAGUCCGGGUCAAGGCUUAUUAUAAAGGGGACAUCAUGAUCACACAUUUUGAACCGUCCAUCUCUUAUGAGGGCCUGUAUGGUGAGGUGAGGGACAUGUGCUCAAUGGACAAUGACCAGCUCUUCACCAUGAAGUGGAUCGAUGAGGAAGGUGACCCCUGCACCGUGUCAUCUCAGCUGGAAUUGGAAGAAGCUCUUCGCCUUUAUGAACUUAACAAAGACUCCGAGUUGACCAUCCACAUAUUCCCAUGUGUACCCGAGAAACCUGGCCUGCCUUGUCCAGGAGAGGACAAGUCGAUAUAUCGCCGUGGCGCCAGACGUUGGAGGAAGCUUUACUACGCGAGCGGUCACGCCUUUCAGGCCAAACGCUUCAACAGGCGAGCGCACUGUGCCAUCUGUACAGACCGAAUCUGGGGUCUGGGGCGACAAGGCUACAAAUGCAUCAACUGCAAACUGCUGGUGCACAAGAAGUGCCAUAAACUGGUCACAGUGGAGUGUGGCCGACCGAUGAUUCAGGAACCAAUUAUGCCCGUCACAUCAUCGAGUCAUCACGACCCGGCUGAACAGCAAGGCCCUCAGACUAAAGACUCCAGUCGAAGCUUGAAUUACGAUGGAGAGGAGAAAGAGGCACGGAGCAGCAGAGACAUGGGGAAGUCUCCCACCAGCAUGGGCCUGGCGGACUUUGAUCUGAUGCGGGUGAUCGGCAGAGGCAGCUACGCCAAGGUGCUGCUGGUGCAGCUAAAGAAGACGGAGCGCAUCUACGCCAUGAAGGUCGUCAAGAAGGAGCUCGUCAACGACGACGAGGACAUCGAUUGGGUCCAAACAGAAAAGCACGUCUUUGAGCAGGCCUCUAAUCAUCCGUUCCUGGUCGGCCUCCACUCCUGUUUCCAGACAGAUAGCAGGCUGUUCUUUGUUAUUGAAUAUGUAAAUGGGGGUGACCUCAUGUUCCACAUGCAAAGACAAAGAAAACUCCCAGAAGAACACGCCAGAUUCUACUCGGCAGAGAUCAGUCUGGCACUCAACUACCUCCAUGAGCGGGGAAUCAUCUACAGAGACCUGAAGCUUGACAACGUACUGCUGGACUCUGAGGGACACAUCAAACUUACAGAUUACGGCAUGUGCAAGGAGGGUUUGAGACCUGGAGAUACAACAAGUACUUUCUGUGGUACCCCUAAUUACAUCGCUCCGGAAAUACUUAGAGGAGAGGAUUAUGGGUUCAGCGUGGACUGGUGGGCGCUGGGCGUGUUGAUGUUCGAGAUGAUGGCGGGCCGGUCGCCGUUCGACAUCGUUGGUAGCUCCGACAACCCAGACCAAAACACAGAAGACUACCUCUUUCAAGUUAUAUUGGAAAAACAGAUCAGAAUCCCACGCUCAUUGUCAGUCAAGGCUGCCAGCGUUCUGAAAGGAUUCCUCAACAAGGAUCCCAAGGAGCGUCUGGGGUGCCACCCUCAGACAGGCUUCGCAGACAUCAACGGCCAUCCGUUCUUCCGAAACGUCGACUGGGACCUUCUGGAGCAGAAGCAGGUGGUCCCGCCGUUCAAACCCAACAUCUCAGGGGAAUUUGGGCUGGACAACUUCGACGCCCAGUUCACCAAUGAGCCCAUCCAGCUCACGCCCGAUGACGAGGACAUCGUCAGGAAGAUCGACCAGUCGGAGUUUGAAGGGUUCGAGUACAUCAACCCUCUCCUGAUGUCUGCGGAGGAGUGUGUGUGAGAGACGUUGAGAUCUGCUUCUGUUGAACGCCACCCACCUGCAAACACACACACACACACACACUCACACUUACACGCGUGUUUACGCGGCGUCUCCUUGCUGCAUGGUCACGAGACAACCCAGCAGCAACAUCAACCUUUUGUUCGAGGGCCACACAAGUAGGACGCUUUUUUUUGCCAAAACCAGUCUCACACUCUGCCAUUUAUAACCUCUUGCCCUUAAGCCUACUUUGUUUAUCAAUAAUUUUUUAUACCAUGUAAAUCUGCUGUGAUCAGUUCUCUCGUCUGGGCCGACUUUAUUGCGGCUGAAAAGUUCUUCCAAGGUUGCUGACGGACUGAGCAUCCAUUCCUUUAAGCCGACGGGUCACUUCCAAUGCAGAUUUUAUUUGUGUGUAUAAUAAACUACUAUUGAGGAUGAACACUAGACGAGGCCUUUUUAGCUUCACGCCACAUUUGGACAGAAAUUACUUAUUAGUUCUGUCUAGAACAACAGUAAUCAUCAUAACACUAUUGUUUAAAAAAAAAAAAAAAGAUAAAAAUCUAUAUAUUUUCUUAUAUUUUAUUUUGGACUCUAUAAAGGUGUUACACAUCAAGCCUGUGUAUAAGAACCAGACGAGUACUGGUUCUGGAAAACAAGAGCUUCAGGUCCCUUCUCCCAGAAUGAAGGAAAUGAAACACUAAUAGUGAGUUAAUGCUGUGAAUGAAAGCGCUGUGGGAGCUGGAGGAAUAGCACAAAGCACCUGGAGGCCGUAGCACAGGUUUACUGUUGCCGGGCAGAUUUUCCUUUAAAUACACGUUCAUACAGGACCAAAAACAGUUUCCUGGUACUUGUUAGGUGGUACAGUAUGCAUAAGGAAGAUGUGCUGUCCUAGGUCAUAGAAUUUAUAUAUUCAGAUUUUUCUUUUUUCAACAUUUUUUUUAAUACAAUGCCUUUCUGAAACCUGCGCUCUUUAUUGUUUAUUGUAUUUUCUUUCAUUCCAUGUGCAUCCUUUUCCUGUAAAAUCAGACUCGCAUUGUUGAGCAGUUUUGAUCCUAAAAUGUGGCUUUAACACUGUCAACGGAGCCCGAGAUCUAAUUUUGGAGGUAUUUUAACAAAUGAAUGUAAUGACACUAAGCAGAAAGUGGAGGAAAGCAUUCAUUUGUUACAGUUUAGCUUUAUUGUUGCUUUUCUGUUAAUAUGAUUUAAUUGAGUUUUCUUUUAUCACUAAAUUGAUUCUAAAAUGUUAACGGGGGGACAGUGUAAACACUACUAUUUGUAUGCGUUGUACUUUGCAGAUGUUUUACCAUCCGCUGGACUUUAUUAUUAGUGUUCAAAGAAGAAAAAAAUGCAGAUGGUGAAAUAAACAUUUUAUUUCUCUC